AUGUGUGAAGAUCUUAUGGAAAAGGGGGAAGCUGGGAAUAUUGACGUCUUGAUGCCGACGCAGAGUAGAUCCGCGGUUCCCAAAAAUACGGGAACAACAGCGGAACCUCCACCAAGCAGUGCGGUAGAGAUUGAAUCUGUCAGAGGGUGUUCCAGGGUUACAGAAGCUUUCACGCAUCGGUACGAGUUUCAGGAGCUUCCAAAAGACCAUCGGAAGAAUACCAAGCGGUCUUUCACUCCAUGAAAAGACUCAAGUCAUACGGCGAGAAUCAGUUGUCAGAGAGUGUUAGCCAUUCAAUUCUCAGAGCAGCUGUAUUAUCUUUGUAACACAAGGUGUGUAGUAGACAGUUGCCCAGAAGGAUAUCCUAGAUUGGCGGCAUUUCUCGAUAGCGAUGAAAACUUUAUGCUUUACAGACGGUUCGGUUUUCUGCAAACUCGCUUGCUGCUUAACAAACAAGCUGAAUUACGAGAAUAUGAGAAGGACCUUGAUCGUAUCGAUGAAGAAGACAGAAUGAAAUUUCCAAGACGAUUGAAGUCGAGAGAAAAGGAUAACGCAAGUGACGGGCGGCGGAAAGUCCUUCUGCAUGAUAUUCAGAGUGCUUGGGUUGAAUACGGUUAUCAUCAUUUUGAUAAGAUUAUCUAUUAG